AGUCUCCUCCCCUCAAAAAAAUCCCAAACCAAAAGCCAAUAUGGACUGUUCGUUAAAGAAGCGCAAGACGGAGGAGAACGGCGACGUCUCGACGGCGCCGCCGCCCUCAUCCGAAUUCACAACCCUAACCCCCGACGACUUCCGCAAACUCCUCCAGCCAAUGUCCCACGACCACCUCGUCGAGAUUCUACAAACCGCCGUCGUCCGCCACCCCGACGUCCUCGAAUCCCUCCGCCACGUCACCAACCGCGACGCCACCCUCCGCAAGCUCUUCGUCCGCGGCCUCGGCGCCGACACCACCACCGACUCCCUCCGCGCCGUCUUCUCCGCCUUCGGCGACCUCGACGAGGCCAUCGUCAUCUUCGACAAGGCCACCGGGAAGUCCAAGGGCUACGGGUUCGUCACCUUCAAGCACGCCGACGAGGCCUUGAUCGCUCUCCGGGAGCCGAGCAAGAAGAUCGACGGCAGAGUCACCGUCACGCAGUACGCCGCCGCCGGCCAUUCGGCGUCGUUCAGCAGCAGCAACGGCGGCGCCGACGUCUCGGCGAGGAAGAUUUACGUCGGGACCGUGCCGUUUGAUAUCUCAUCGGAGAGACUGCUCUCGGCGUUUUCGGCUUUCGGUGAGAUCGAAGAAGGCCCCCUAGGGUUUGAUAAGGUCACCGGAAAAUCAAAGGGCUUUGCUUUCUUCGUGUACAAGACCGAGGAAGGUGCCAGGGCCGCGCUUGUUGAGCCUUUGAAGAACAUUGAUGGGCAUCAAGUGACUUGCAAGCUGGCUGUGGAUAACAAGAAGGGUAAACACGGCGGCGGCGGUCAGGGGCCUGCCGGUGAUAAUUCCGGUGUGCCGCCACCGCAGCAAAUGCAGCCGGGGAUGUUUAGGCCGCAGCUUCAGCCGGGUCUGUACGCUGGUUAUCCUGGUGGAUAUGAGCCUCGGUAUAAUAGUCCGUAUGGAGUCCCUCCACAGAUGCCUCCAAGCUCUCAUGGAGCCUAUUCCGAUGGUCCGCGAUAUGGGGUUUCUCCGCCACAGCAUUAUCAGGCUCCCCCAAUGCCAAGAGGCACACCGGGAGGAAUGUAUCAGGGACCUUACUGAGGUCGUUGAGAAGCUUCUUUGGCGCAAAUGCUUUAAAUGGUUAUGGUGAUUUCAUGAUUGCAGACAAUUUGGAUUGAUUAUAUGGACUGCUGUGAUUCUGUUGCUGCUUCCCUUCGUCUGCUUCUCUAGUUGUGCUUUGUCUUGUGACCUACUUUGAUUUAAAUGUAGAACUUAUUCAAAAGUAUAGUAUUAGUUUUGUGAUACAUGGUUUACUGGAGUAGGGAUUUUAUAAUUUCUUUGUAGAUGACAUUACAUCCCCCAUUUUGUGUAAUUGUUAUUUUCACGUUUUUAUUAAUUUGUUUUUUUUAAUA